AUGAAUGGCAAAGAACCUCCUGUUUUUAAACCAUAAAUGACUGGAUUCGCGAAUUUCAAGCAGCGUAAGCUUAUGAGCGGUUAAUUCUCAGACAGAUUAAGGGAUUUUUAAAAUCUAGCUCCAUCAUAGUAGAAGUUGAUAACCCACAAUGAUUCAAAAUCAACAUUUGGCCAAAUAAAAUCAAAUAAAAAGGAGUUAAAAUAAGCAAAAAAUGAUAACACUACGCUGCCAUCACUCCUAAAUCAAACAUAUAAAACUGAGGACUUAAAGUUAGGAUUGAAUAAAACAUAGGUUGCUGAAUAAUACAAAAUAAAGCUAAGAAGACUGUCUAUGAAUUCAUAGUAGCUCUUGUAGCAUCAGCAAUAAGCUAAACAGAUUCCAAGCAACAGAUAUUAGCCAUAAUCUGUGCAAUCAUCAUAGCAAAGACAGAGAAAAAUAGCUUUGUAAUUAGAUGAAAAUUAAAUAUAAGAUUGGUACUAGACUUAUAAAGUCGACAAAACAAGAGGAAAUUAACAUAAUUAAAUUGACAUAUAGACAUCAACUCACUCUUAGGAUCCAUACAGAGGUUAGGUAGCAUCAUAAACUUAGAGAUUUGAUUCUCCAAGAAAAAGCAUAAAGAAUUAGGAAAGCACCUAAAUGAUGAAUCAAAGCUUCUUGCAGUAAAGCAUCAAUACAUUUAGAAGUCAAUCUAAUAACAGUCCUAUAAGAUCUAAGUAAGCAAUCAGUACUAACCCUAAACACUACGACUAUAAAGAUUUGAUUAAUAAUAAAGUAAAUGCUUUGACAAUCCAGUGCUACUCUCAAAUAAGACUUAAAGACCAAGAGGUAAUGAGUAGCUUCUUUAAAUGCUCGCCAAGAAAUGAGUUCAAAAAGUAAAUACACAUUGAAAAUCAAGGCAAUGCUUAGCAUGAACUUGAUCUUCAUAAUGAAUCAUUCAUAAUGAAAGAUACCUUUUCGCAGUAAAGCCUCAUGAAACCCUAAUAAUCCUAGUCUCCAAGAAUCAAGUCUGUCCAGAACUUUCCUAUUUAACUCAAUUCAUAAAAUUUCAAUAGCUACGGAGGACCUGCAGCUGCUAACCUUAAAUCAUAGUUGAAUCAAAUUAAAAGAAAAACUGCGGGUAUGUUUCAUGAUAGUUUAAAGGUAAUUAAAAAUCCUGGUGAAAAGUGGCUUAAUGAUAGAGAUUUGAUGCUUAGAAGCAAUCCACACAUGGAAUAACUGCUAAAGCGAAGAGAAGAAUUCGAACUGAAGAGAAUUAAUAUCAAGAAAAAACAAAAAUUGCUGUAAGCAUCGACUAUGGAAUCUGACAUCAGAUUGGCAGAGAGGAAUAUAUAUAAAUAGUUUAUCAAAUAUUGA